AUGACUAAAGUCCUCGCCUCUGAAGAUAUCGCCUCUCCAGAAUCUAUGAACAAGUUCCCAAAAUCUUCCUCGGAUGUCCCAUCUCACUCUAUAGACAUUGAGAAGAACUCCCACCUCCAAGUACCACCCGAGCCUCGGGAUGAUUUCCAGACAGAUCACCCAAAAACUUCCCUUUUCAAAAGUUUAGGGUGGCUUGAUCGGCUCCUAGCUUUAUGGAUCUUUCUCGCUAUGGCUAUUGGUAUCUUGCUGGGAAAUUUCGUACCUAACGUCGGGACUGCAUUGCAAAAGGGAGAGUUUGUGGGUGUUAGUGUGCCGAUCGCUGUUUGUUUAUUAGCAAUGAUGUAUCCAAUUCUUUGCAAGGUCAAAUUCGAAACCUUGCAUCUCGUCUUUCAGAAAAAGGAUAUCUGGGUUCAGAUCGGAUUUAGUCUGGUCGUUAAUUGGAUUGUUGCCCCAUUGUUGAUGUUAGCUCUAGCAUGGGCCUUCCUACCUGACAAAGAAGAGCUUCGAUCUGGUCUGAUACUUGUCGGAAUAGCUCGCUGUAUUGCCAUGGUCCUAAUAUGGACCGGCCUAGCCGGCGGCUCAACUUCCUACUGCGCUAUCCUCUCUAUUGCAAAUGGUUCUCUUUGCCCCCUUUCCGUGCUUUUCAUCUCCGUCAUAUCAGGCGCCGAAGGCCCUGCUGAGUUCUCCUACUCAACCAUCGCCUCCAGCGUAGCAGUCUUCCUCGGCAUUCCUCUCGCAGCCGCCAUCCUUACACGUUUCCUCCUCCGCCGCCUCACAUCUCCCUCCUGGUACGACACUGUUUUCCUCAAAUACCUCUCGCCUCUCUCCCUGCUGGGUCUCUUGGCCACUAUCUUGAUCCUUUUCGCAAGUCAGGGUCAACAUGUCAUUCAGCAGAUAGUUUCGGUUGUACGAGUUGCAGCCCCUCUCAUUGUUUACUUUGCGAUCAUCUUCUUCUUAACUUUAUUCGUGUGUGCGAGAAUGGGAUUCGGAUAUAAGGUUGCCACGACGCAAAGUUUCACGGCGGCAAGCAAUAACUUCGAGCUGGCUAUUGCUGUGGCUGUUGCGACGUAUGGCGCGGAUAGUGAACAGGCUUUAGCUGCUACAGUUGGCCCGUUGAUUGAGGUGCCAGUGUUGCUGGGGUUGGUAUAUGUGGUAAGGUGGAUUGGGGAGAGAAGGGGAUGGAAAGAUUAG